AUUAUAAGAUUAAAAAAAUUUAUAUUUUAAUAAAUUUAUUUAAUAACAGUGAUGAGAAUUUAUUCAAAAUAAACUAUCCGCUUUAAUCUUAGAAGAAAUAAUUAGAGGAAGAUACAUAGGUGUAACUCUAAUUUUCUUAAAACUGGAUUAAAUAGAUUUACUUUCUGUAUUUAAAUCCUAGAUAUUUAUUUCCAAAUAUCAUAAAUAUUUAUAAAAUUGUUUGUUGAAAUAUACUUUUAUAAUAAAUUUCCUGAAUUAUUAUCCUGAAAUGUUAAGUUCCUAGUAUCGGUUCUAACGAAAUGAACCAAACAUUUAAUAGUAUCGUAUUACAAAUUGAUUUAUUAAGGUAAUUGGUUUCUUAUUUCCAAAUCAUCUCGAACAAUUGAAUCAUUGAUAUUCUCAAUGAAUUUUAUUCUUCAUCUACAAACGAAUGGCUGACCAAAAUUAUCGAUGAGCUAUAAAUGUAAGUAACGUCAUUAGAAGCUGAACGUAGCACGUGCCAUCAUCGAAGUAAAAAGCACAAGAAAAUAGGGCGGUUACGAAGAAGAGUCGAGAGGAGAGGUAAGAACAGGAUAAGAAAAAAGAAAAGAGAUAGAAGAAGAAGGAGUAAUGGUAGAGCAGGGGAAGCGACUGCCGUUAAAUCGUACGUCGAAUGAUGCAAAAGUUAAAUAUAAAAGCGCCGGCUAGCGUCGCGGCGCCUACCGUGGACCAAUGACACGGUGUUGAAGACAGUCUCUUCAUGAACUUGGUCACGGACUGGAGAUAGACGAUUCGGUUUUCCUACGAUAGACGCUUUGGAGAGAUUUUAGCGAAAAUUGCACAUCCAUAAAAAGGAGCACAAGGAUUACAUCAGAAGUGCGUUUACGAAGCCAUUUCGAGUGAAUUUGUUUGAUCAGAGCACGUUAAAUUUCACCAUUGAUUACACUGACGUUUACUUCGGGAUUUGUCGGUGAGUAUUGAUUUUACUCUUAUAGAUCUUAUUCAUUGAAUUUGGCUAGAUAAGUUUGUAUAGAAAAAUAAUAAUCACUCGAUAUGUAGAAUGGAUCCUACUCUAAAUAGGAAUCCACAUUUUCUUGCUAUUUGGAUAUAACAAAUAUUCGAGAUGUUAGUGCUAUUGGUGCUUUUAAUUAGAUCGUAUGUUAGCGAAUUAAAAAAAACAAGUUUGCGACAUCAUUGUGAUUCACGUGGGUGAAUAUUAGCAAUGGAUGAGUUCCAAUAAUUGCCCAUUGCUGGGCCAAUGUGAGCAACCUCUGUCAACGACAUCCGUUCCGAACGGGACUAUUUCUGAUCACCAAUUCGGCAGAGAUUUUAUUUUUGGACGCAGCAUCUAAGGUCCAGGAUCCAGAGACUGGUGCUGCGCCGUUUUAUGUCUCUUCCAUCGAAUAAUCCAUCUCGAAAUCGAACUCAAUUUUCGAUUCAAUAUUUCUUCGAGAAUGAUCUAAUCUUUUGAUAUUUGCAUAAAAUUUAGACAAUGAACUAAAAAAAAAAAAUUUGUGUGCUAAGACAGAGUUUGCCAGUAUAUUAGCAUAAUACAUGUCAAAAGAAAAACGUACUUUGAUAUUCGUAAAUUUACAUUUUACCUAUUUCGAAAACGAAUGUCUAUCUCGAUUUUUGUUACAAGUAUAGCAUAGUAUUACCUUUAAUUACUUAUGCAUUUUCUAACAUUAUGUUACGAAAUCAUUUCUUGAUAUAUAUAAUAAUCUUUAAAUUAUGUAAAUUAUAUUCAUAUCUCUCUACAUCUCGUAAAUAGUGUUAUGUAAUUUGUGAAUAAUUUUUUUUUUACUAUAGCAAACAAAAUUCUAAUCGAUCAAAAUUGAUUACAAUUAUUAGUAAGAUGUAUUUCACUUUGAAUAUUACAUUUAUAUUACAAGCCGAUCACUUUAAUUAUCCGGACAAUUUUCUGGUAUAUGUUUUGCAAAUGUAUGUAUAUUAUAUUUAUUUUUGUCCGUUUAAUGGGUCAUGGUCAUAAUCGAAGGUACCGCCAACUAUCUUCAGACUGGAGAACGUUUUUGAAGAAACGAAAUAUUUGUGGAAAUGCUGAUAUCAGUGACAGCAUAAGAAAGAUAGAUAGAUAGAUAGAUAGAUAGAUAGAUAGAUAGAUAGAUAGAUAGAUAGAUAGAUAGACAGAUAGAUAGAUAAAUACAGAGAGAGAGAAAGAGAGAGAGAGAGAGAGAGAGAGAGAGAGAGAGAGAGAGAGAGGAAGGAGUGCCGAAAACAAAAAUUACGCACGUGCACACGUGUCUGUGAUGUGACUGGAAGGGCGAUCGCGGCUGCUAAUAUGUGUGUCUGUCACUUUCUAAAAUAUCUGAUGCACUCAUCGUGAAUAUACCUGGUGGUGGUUUGUCGGACGCUUGUAUAUAAGCGUCGCAGUACGCAAAAAUAGAAAUGGUACUAUAUUUAGGCGGCCUACACUCGACAUCCAACAAAGAACCUUAAGUAAUGAUAGAAAUCAAGAAGAGGUGCAGAACAUUUCGAAAUAGCUAAGCGUAAUGUCACAGCAUCCGUCUAGACCGCCAGGAGGUCAUGGACCUCCCGGCGCUUCCUCAGGUAGAACCAGUACGCCAAGUGGACCAAACACAUCCACUCCGUCGAACAUGUUCAAACCACCGUCGGUAUAUUCGCCUUCCUCUUCACGAAGACCACCGACACCUGUCCAUCAUACCCGUCCAAUGUCACCACAUUCAUAUCCUGGUGUGGUUCAUUCAAUGAGUCCUGUACCGAUCGGAAUGCCAAUUUCACCUGGGUUGUCACCAGUUUUUGGUUAUCCACCGCAUAAUUACAUUCAAUGUCCAAGACCACGAUGGCCAUCGUCUCUUGCUCAAGGAAAUCAAUCUCCUCGACCAUUUAUACCAGUACAGAAUCCACUUGGAACCGAUAUAAUAUCACCUGUACCCUGUGCGCCACCGGAAUACUUGAUAGCACCUUAUAGAUCCGGUGAUUACGAAUAUAUUAGUGUGCCAUUGGAUCACACACCAGUCGAUGAAGAAUCCAGUGGUCCUAGUACUGCAGAAAUUAUCGCCAGUCAAAGCCAAAAUUAUGUUGAUGAGAAACUUGCCGAAUAUCAGGCUACGAUACAACAAUUACAAGGUAAGCAAACGUUUGCUUUGAAUCUGAUAAUUUAAU